AUGGUACUGAAUGCAGGAAACCAGAGCUCUGUGUCCAUGUUCAUCCUCUUUGGCUUCUCAGAAUACCCACACCUCCAGACACCCCUCUUCCUGGUCUUCUUGACCAUUUACACAGCCACUCUGGUGGGGAACCUGGGCAUAAUUGUGGUUGUAAGGACCAGUUCCAAACUCCACACACCCAUGUACUUUUUCCUUAGCCAUCUAUCCUUUUUGGAUAUUUGUUCUUCUAGUGUAUUUACACCCAAACUCCUUCAAAUCUUGAUUAUGGAAGAUAAAGUUAUCUCUUUCAAAGGGUGUAUGGCACAAUUUUUCUUUGGCUGCACACUUGUGAUUACAGACAUGUCCAUGUUAGCAGUGAUGGCCUAUGACCGGUUUGUGGCUGUCUGUAACCCCCUGCUCUACACAGUUACUAUGUCUCCUAAGCUCUGUACCCUCCUGGUAGCUGGAACCUACUCCUGGGGUGGAAUAUGUUCCUUGACAAGCACAUAUUCUCUUUUGGAGCUCUCCUUCUGUGGUUCUAAUCUCAUACAUCACUUUGGCUGUGAGUAUUCUGCCAUCAUCUCUGCCUCCUGUUCUGACCCCUCCUUCAGUCAGAUGACUUUCAUCAUUUCUACACUCAAUGAAGUGUGUAGCCUCCUGAUUAUUCUAGGCUCCUAUGUUUUCAUAGUUGUCACCAUCAUCAAGAUGCCUUCUGCUGGUGGACUCCAAAAAGCCUUCUCUACCUGUGCUUCCCACCUGACUGCCAUCACCAUUUUCCAUGGGACUGUCCUAUUCCUUUAUUGUGUACCCAACUCCAAAAGCUCCUGGCUCUUGGUCAAAGUAGCCACUGUGUGUUUUACUGUCAUGAUUCCUAUGUUGAAUCCCCUUAUCUACAGCCUUAGGAAUAAAGAUGUGAAAGAGACAGUCAGGAGUUUAAUAAAUACCAAACUGCUUUCUCACUCAAUAUAA